ACAGUGAAUUGUGGGUACCAGUGGAGGAAAGAAGAAGAAUCUAGUGAAGGCAGUUUCUGGAAGCGGCAUGCAGUGAAAUGGUCAUAAUGGAGAGGGAUCAAAGAGACGGUGGUCUCACGGACUGCCAUUCAAGAACCCGUUCUCUCGCAAGAAGAGUGACUCUGUGUUGUAGCCAUGCAAGCCAUGCUUUCCUCUGCAUAUACAUACACAAUUAAUACAGUACAUGGCAGCCUCCCCUCACUUCACAACUUUACCGUAUUUAUUGAUAAAACUUCCAUCCAUGAUUA